AUGAAUACCAUUGAACAAAACCUCCGCCUCGCAGAAAGUGUUUCCCUAUCGCCCGCGCCGAAUGAUGCGGGGGUAUUUCUGCGAUUCGCGGCGGAAAAAGCCGCUUCCCGCCACGUUUUCCCUGUCGGCGAACUGAUGGGAAUUGUUCGCUAUACCGCCCUGCGCCGUUAUGAGCCGUUCUGGAUGAAGGCUGUUUCGGGAACGCGAGGCGGCGACGUUCCGAUGGAAACGCAGUUCCUGCUCGCGGAAACCGAAAGCGGCGGAUGCCUCCUGCUCGUUCCCCUGAUUGACGGCGUGUUCCGCGCCUGCUUGCAGGGAACCGGGGAAAACACGCUGGAAAUCGUGGCGGAAACCGGCGACCCGGCGACGGUGGGAACGGAACUUGUAGGACUAUAUGCCGCGUCAGGCGCAGACCCGUAUGCGCUGAUGGCGCAGGCCGCGCCGAUUGUUCUGACGCAAAUGCAAACCGGGCGACUCCGAACGGAAAAAGCGUUGCCUGCCUUUGCUGACAAGUUCGGCUGGUGUACCUGGGACGCUUUUUAUCAGGAUGUCACGGGGGAGAACGUCCGCGAAGGGCUGGAAAGUUUUCGCGUGGGCGGCGUAGAACCGAAACUUCUGAUUUUAGAUGAUGGCUGGCAGCUUCUUAUGGCGACCGAAGAACCGGUUUCACCUUCCCGCGAAGAACAAAUUCAGCGCUUGCUUGGCGCGUACGAAACGCAUCUGCGAAAAACAUUGCCGACUACGCCGCAAACGCUGGAACAAAUCGAGCGAACCGCCCAGGAUAUCGGCGAGGAAGUCAAGCAGGAGAUACAAAAAGAAGUCGCCGACGCGCAAGGGGUGGGGUCUAGCAGCAAGCAGACCGUUUGCGCCUGCGGAAAGAAAGCCCGCUGCAUCGGCCUGUACGGGCGGCAGAUCGUCACCCGGCAUGGCGUUCUGUCGCUUAGGCGGGCGUACUAUCACUGCCGCGCCUGCGGCAAGGGGUUUUGCCCCCUCGACCGGCAGUUGCAGAUGGGGAGCGGGCAAUGCAGCGUCACCGUUGCCGCCCUGCUGGCCCGCUUCGCGGCGUAUUUGCCUUUUGAGACGGCGGCCCGCGAACUGGAACUCGUCUGCGGCAUCCGCCUGUCCGCCGCGACCCUAAGACGGCAGGCCGAAGCGGUCGGAGAACAUCUUGCCCGUGAGUGGCAGCAAAAGGAAGCGCGGUUGUGGGCGCAGCCCGAACGCGAAGCGUCCGCCCGCCCGCGUCAGUUGCAUCUGACGUGCGACGGGGUAAUGGUUCACGUCGGCGGGACAUGGCGGGAAGCGAAAAUUGGGUGCGCGUAUGAACGAGCGGAAGACAAAGCGGGCGUGAAGAACGCGACGUAUUACGCGACGCUCUUGCCUUCACAGCCUUUUGGCAAGCGGUUGCGAACGCUGGGGCAUGAAGCGGGAGCGGAGAACUGCGGCAAGGUGGGGUUUGUGGCGGACGGAGCGGAGUGGAUUUGGCAGGAGGCGGGCAAGUAUUACCCGCAGCGGGCGCAGAUACUGGACUUCUACCACGCCUGCCAGCAUUUAGGGAACGUGGCCUCGGCGUGGCAUGGAGAAGGAAGCCAGCAAAGCGCGGAGUGGCUUGAGACGCAGAAGGAAGACUUGCUUGCCAACCGCGCCGAGCGGGUACUCAAAACGAUAGAAGACUGGCAGCCGACGACGCAGUCUCAGGCAGAAGUGCAGCGCAAAGAAGGCGCCUAUCUGCGGACGCAUCUGCGGCGGAUGCGCUAUGAGACCUUUGCCCAAUCGGGCUACCAUAUCGGCAGCGGAGUGGCGGAAGCGAGUUGCGCGUUUCAAGCAAGCGGGGAUGCGUUGGAGCGAAAGCGGCGCCGAAGCGAUGUUGCAUCUGCGAACCGCGUGGUGCAACACCCAGCAGGCCGACUUAAUGCAGGCGGCGCGGGGCGCAAUGGGAUUUGCAUAAUCUUGAAGCGCACCCCUAAUCAAGCGGGGGGGGGGGGGGGGGGUGGGGGGGGGGGGGGGGGGGGGGUUUGGGGGGGGGGGGUUAUCACGGAGGGGGGGGGGUUCCCGCCAACGCGGUUUAAUGGGAAUCUGAUUAAUUUUUUGUGGUGGGCCAGCGAAAUGCUGUACGGGGCGCUGAACUCGAACCUGACUCGCACAUCCACCGACUUCUGGCCUGAUCGCCCGGAGUCGCAUGGCGAACAUCUGUACGUCAACGCGCAGGUCUCGGCGUGGUUCGGCGCAUUUAUUCAUCCCGACUGGGAUAUGUUCCAGUCCGCGCAUCCUGUGGGCGCGUACCAUGCGGCGGGCCGCGCUGUGGGCGGCUGUCCUAUCUAUGUUUCCGAUAAACCGGGCAAGCACGAUUUUGAUCUGUUGCGAAAACUUGUCCUGCCCGAUGGCGGCGUUCUGCGCUGUGAAGGGCCCGGCCGACCAACUCGCGACUGCCUGUUUUGCGAUCCAACGCAGGAACCCGUUCUGCUUAAAAUCUUCAAUCAUAAUCUCUGCAAUGGGGUUCUGGGCGUGUUCAAUGCGCGGUAUGGCGGGAAGGAAACGCCAGGCGAACCGAUUACGGGCGCGGUUCGCCCAGCCGACGUGGAAGGGUUGCAGGGUCUGGAAUUCGUAGUUUACGCGCAUCAUGCGAACGAACUGCGAACACUGGCGCGAAAUGAAGCGUGGGAUAUUACGCUGCCGGAAUUAAACGCGGAAAUUUUCACAGUGGUUCCGCUUGUCGGCGGCGUGGCCCCAAUUGGAUUGUCGGAUAAAUUUAACAGCGGCGGAGCGAUUGUCCGCGCCGGGUUCGAUCUGGAUGCGCCGGAACGCUAUACGCUGACGGUGCGAGGCGGCGGAAACCUGCUGCUCUGGUGCGAAACGCGGCCUGUUUCGGUCGCCGUUGACCGCGACUGGGCGGCCUUUCAUUACGAGGAAACCACGCGCCGUCUGGAAAUUUCGCUCCCGGAAGCCAGAGAAUUCAGCGUGAUCCUGCGAUUCUGA